GCCUCUUGUCAGGAUUGUUUAGAGUGGUCAGACAACUGAGGAUGGCAGCCCGGACAGGAGAGGCGCUGGACAUGCGUGCGCGCUGAAUUAUACCCAACAAUUAACUACUGUAGUGGGCGUGGUCCUGAUCUGAGCUGCCGCCAUGCCGCUGGUCAAGAGGAACAUCGAGCCGCGUCACCUGUGUCGUGGGGAGCUGCCCGAGGGGAUCGGGAGCGAGCUGGAGUGUGUGAUGAACAACACGCUCUCCGCCAUCAUACGCCAGCUCAGCAGCCUCAGUAAGCAUGCGGAGGACAUCUUCGGGGAGCUGUUUAACGAGGCCAACACCUUCUACCUGCGGGCCAACUCUCUACAGGACCGCAUCGACCGGCUGGCCAUCAAGGUCACCCAGCUGGACUCCACCGUGGAGGAGGUCUCCCUGCAGGACAUUAACAUGAAGAAGGCGUUUAAGAGCAGUACCCAUCAGGACCAGCAGGUGGUGUCCAAGAGCAGCGUUCCUGUGCCAGUCAAGGAGAUGUACAACAUCAGCGACAAGCCACCGCCCCUCAACAACCUCUCAUGCUACAGGGACGAUGGUAAAGAGGGCCUGAAGUUCUACACGGACCCCUCGUACUUCUUUGACCUGUGGAAGGAGAAGAUGCUACAGGACACAGAGGACAAGAGGAAAGAGAGGAGGAAGCAGAAGGAGCAGAAGCGUUGUGUGGACGGCACGCUGCAGCGUGAGGUGAAGAAGGUUCGUAAGGCUCGUAACCGGCGUCAGGAGUGGAACAUGAUGGCCUUCGACAAGGAGCUGCGGCCCGACGGCCGACACACACAGUCCCUGCACCGCGACCACCGCGACCGACGAGGAUCAUCAGAAGGGUCCCUCUCCCCAGAGAACAGGGGCCAUGGUGGCGACCACAUGGAUCACUACCCUCACCACACCCCCAACCACGCAGGCCACGCCCACACAUACUCGGGCCCGCCCCCCAGCAUGAUGGGCCUAUCAGGGCACGCCGCCAUGGGCAUGGAGCACGACCCCAGGGGCGGGUCUAUGGCCUACCGCGGCGGCACAUUGGGCAGGCCACACCAGGCCCCACCCCCUCCUCCCCAGUCAGAGGCGGCCAACGGCUCCAUGCCCCUCCCACCCGUAGACUACAGCAUGGACUACAUGAAUACGGGCCCCCCCCCUCCCCCUCCGGGCCCCCUCAUCCCCUCGGCCCAGACGGCCUUCGCCAUGCCCCCGGUCCCGCCCACCGGCCACCCUGGACAAAUGGGAGCGGCCAUGGGCUACAUGUCUCCGCCCCCUCCUAUGUCUGGACCAAUGGCUGCUCCUCCUCCGCCGGGGCCGCCUCCUCCUCCUCCAAGUGCCAAUCACCACCCUGGUGCCCCCAAGGCCACGCCCACCGCCGCCGCCGCCAUGCCUAGCGAGCCCGAGCCGGUCAACGACGCCCGCAGCGACCUGCUGGCAGCCAUACGCAUGGGUAUCCAGCUGAAGAAGGUGCAGGAGCAGCAGGAGCAGCAGGCGAAGAGGGAGCCGGUGGGGAACGACGUGGCCACCAUCCUGUCACGCCGCAUCGCCGUCGAGUACAGCGACUCAGAAGACGACUCCGAACUGGAGGACAACGACUGGUCCGACUAGACUAGACCAG